GCCGCGCAAGCGCACUGCCGCUCGACCGGCAACGCUCCCGGGACUCGACUCAGCGCUGUCAUGGCGGCAGAGAGCAGCAGCAGAAACUGCUAAGGCAGGCAGGAAGCGAUGGAGAAGCUAAUUGUGGUGUCUGCGGAGCGAGGUUAAACAGUUUACUGUCCAAAUUCUGGUACUGAGGGCAGAAAAAACAAGAUUAUCAGCAUUCAGGACACCCAGCUGUGUCCAGAAACUUGGCCUGACGAUAAGGAGAGAUUGAACUCCUUAUUUCUGGAGUGCUGGCUUUUCUUAGCAACCUGGAAGUGAACAAGCUAUGGCGAGUGAAGACAAACAGGUUUCUUUUCCUAGGCCAACAGGUGAUGAUGAAGGAGGGGGAGGUGGUACUGGAGGAGAAAAAGAAGGAAAGGUAGCUGAAAUGGAGAGCAAGCUGCAGCCUUUGAAUCCGGGAAUCCCUAUCCGUGGCAUCAGGAUGAAAUUUGCUGUUCUAACAGGACUGGUGGAAGUUGGCGAAGUAUCCAACAGGGAUAUUGUUGAAACUGUGUUUAAUCUGCUUGUAGGAGGUCACUUUGAUCUGGAAAUGAAUUUUAUUAUACAAGAUGGAGAGAGUAUUACUUGCAUGGUGGACUUGUUGGAUAAAUGUGAUGUCACUUGCCAGGCUGAGGUAUGGAGCAUGUUUACAGCCAUCUUGAAGAAAAGUAUACGAAAUCUCCAAAUUUGCACAGAAGUGGGUCUUGUUGAGAAAGUGCUUCAGAGGAUUGAUAAGGCUGACAAUAUGAUUGCAGAUCUCCUAGUUGAUAUGCUGGGAGUAUUAGCAAGCUACAAUGUGACAGUUCGGGAAUUAAAGUUGUACUUCAGCAAACUUCAAGGAGACAAAGGAAAAUGGCCACCACAUGCUGGAAAGCUGUUGUCUGUGUUAAAACACAUGCCUCAGAAGUAUGGUCCUGAUGCCUUUUUCAACUUCCCAGGAAAAAGUGCUGCAGCAAUUGCCUUACCCCCUAUAGCCAAGUGGCCCUACCAGAAUGGUUUUACCUUUCAUACUUGGUUAAGAAUGGAUCCUGUAAAUAAUAUCAAUGUAGACAAGGAUAAACCUUACUUAUAUUGUUUUCGGACAAGCAAAGGACUUGGGUAUUCUGCUCAUUUUGUUGGAGGCUGUUUGGUUGUGACUUCAAUUAAAUCAAAAGGAAAAGGCUUCCAGCACUGUGUGAAAUUUGAUUUCAGGCCACAAAAGUGGUACAUGGUUACUAUAGUGCAUAUCUAUAACCGCUGGAAGAACAGUGAACUCAGAUGUUAUGUGAAUGGGGAACUUGCAUCUUAUGGAGAGAUAACAUGGUUUGUCAAUACCAGUGAUACAUUUGAUAAAUGUUUCCUGGGUUCUUCAGAAACAGCAGAUGCCAAUCGAGUGUUUUGUGGUCAGAUGACAGCUGUCUAUCUUUUCAGUGAGGCUCUUAAUGCUGCUCAGAUUUUUGCUAUUUAUCAACUUGGUCUGGGAUACAAGGGAACUUUUAAAUUCAAGGGAGAAAGUGAUCUCUUCCUUGCUGACCAUCACAAACUGUUACUGUAUGAUGGGAAACUUUCUAACGCUAUUGCCUUUACAUACAAUCCAAGGGCUACAGAUGCACAGCUCUGCCUAGAAUCAUCACCCAAGGAUAACUCUUCCAUCUUCGUACAUUCACCACAUGCCCUCAUGCUGCAGGAUGUAAAAGCAGUCAUAACCCAUUCAAUCCAAAGUGCAAUGCAUUCAAUUGGAGGAGUGCAAGUGCUUUUUCCUCUGUUUGCACAGCUGGACUACAGGCAAUAUUCACUGGAUGAACCUGACACAACUGUUUGCUCCGUUCUGUUGGCUUUCAUCCUGGAGUUGCUGAAGAACUCAAUUGCUAUGCAAGAACAAAUGCUUUCUUGUAAGGGCUUCCUUGUAAUAGGAUACAGCCUUGAAAAGUCUUCCAAAGCACACAUUAGCAGAGCUGUUCUAGAACUUUGUCUUGCCUUUGCUAAGUAUCUGAGCAAUUUGCACAAUGGUGUGCCUUUGCUGAAGCAGCUGUGUGAUCAAAUUCUCCUUAACCCUGCAAUAUGGAUUCAUACUCCAGCCAAGGUUCAGUUGAUCCUGUACACUUACCUAUCUACUGAGUUCAUUGGCACCGCCAACAUAUACAAUGCAAUUCGACGAGUUGGGACAGUUCUACUGGCGAUGCAUACUUUGAAGUAUUACUAUUGGGUAGUGAAUCCUCAAGAUCGCAGUGGAAUUAUUCCAAAAGGCUUAGAUGGAUCCCGACCUAAUCAGAAAGAAAUAUUUUCCUUGCGAGCCUUUUUGCUGAUGUUCAUUAAGCAACUGGUGAUGAAGGACCAUGGAGUGAAGGAAGAUGAACUACAGGGCAUCCUCAACUAUCUCCUUACCAUUCAUGAGGAUGACAAUUUAAUGGAUGUCCUCCAGCUCCUUGUUGCCCUCAUGGCAGAGCACCCCAGUUCUAUGAUACCAGCCUUUGAUCAGAGGAAUGGAUUACGUGUUGUCUACAAACUUCUUGCAUCGAAAAGUGAAGGGAUCAGGGUGCAAGCUCUAAAAGUGAUGGGCUACUUCUUAAAGCAUCUGGCACCCAAGAGAAAAGCUGAAAUCAUGCUUGGACAUGGAUUAUUCUCUCUGCUGGCUGAGAGGCUCACUCUUCAAACAAGCUUAAUUACCAUGACCACAUACAAUGUGCUAUUUGAGAUACUUAUUGAGCAGAUUUGUACUCAAGUGAUACAUAAGCAGCAUCCCGACCCAGAUUCAACAGUGAAAAUACAAAAUCCUCAGGUCCUAAAAGUUAUUGCAACCCUGCUGCGUAACUCUCCUCAGAGUCCUGAAACUAUGGAAGUCCACCGAGUCUUCCUCUCAGAUAUGAUUAAGCUUUUUAAUAGCAGCAGAGAUAAUAGAAGGAGUUUACUACAGUGCUCCGUGUGGCAGGAAUGGAUGCUUUCCCUCUGCUAUUUUAAUCCCCAAAAUGCUGAUGAACAGAAGAUAACUGAAAUGGUGUAUGCCAUUUUUCGGAUUUUACUUUAUCAUGCAGUCAAAUAUGAAUGGGGUGGCUGGCGUGUUUGGGUAGAUACUCUAGCAAUCACACACUCAAAGGUAACUUUCGAAAUACACAAAGAGAGCCUUUCUAAAAUGUUCAGGGAAUAUCAAGAGAAAGGAGGUGAAGAUUCUGGUGCUGGUCCAUCAACUCUAAUUAGAAGUAUCUCAGGUACAAGUAGGGAGGCUGAAAUUCCAGGAAGGCAGCAACAUGUGGAAAUAAAAGAAACUGGCAUUUCGGCAAAUGAUGUUGGGAAUGGUGAUGCAGCAAACAGUACUCUGAAGGCUGAAGGCAGACCGUCUGAUUUUGAAGAACAAAGUAAUUCAGAAAUGAAUGAAGAAAAGCAAACAGAAAGAGAAAAUGUUCAGAGAUCCCCUGAUUUAAAUGAAGCAUCUUGUUUAGAACUUCCUCUAAAGGCUGAAGCAACGAAACAAGGUUCAGAAACCACACCUGAAAUUAUUGAAGCAAAACUUAAGGAAGCAGUGGUAGCUACCAUUAAUGCACAAUCACCAUCACAAAAUGCUGAGGGAGAGAUACUUGAAAGCCCAGAGAUAUUAGAUAAAUUAACACCCGAAGUGGAGGAUGAGGAGGAAGAGUUUGUUGAUUUAAAAGAGGAAAGCAAUCAACCUUUUUCCGCAGAGGAAUGUGCUUCUAAGCCCAGUGAAGAUCAUACUGUGUCUGAUAUCCAGGUAUCACCAGCAAUACAACAGGAUACUGCUACAUUGAAAGAACCAGGUUCAGUUUCUUUAGAAUCCAAAGGUGCUGAGGCAUCAAUGGAAAUGAAACAAGAGCCAAAUGCUAUGCCAGAAAUCAGUGCUUCUGAAAUUAGCAAUACAAAAGCUCAACCAAAUUCACAUGUGAAUAUAGAUGAAGAAAAUACUGAUGAUCUCCAAACCAAAACAAUGGUAGAUGAUAUACAACCACAUACUUCAGAAACAUUGAUGGUUUCAGACAAGAAGAUAGCCAAACUGGAUGUUGCCAGUGUAGCAUCAGAUACUGAAAGAUUGGAGCUAAAGUCCAGUGCAAGUCUGGAAGUAAAUCCAACUCUUAGGUCUAUCCCUGAGACAUCUAGGCAACAAGAUUCAUCAGGGCAAGGCAUAGGAGCUGUGCCAGAAGGACAGAGAAGGGAUUCUAGGUCUACCAUGUUUCGUAUUCCUGAAUUCCGUUGGUCACAAAUGCACCAACGCUUACUCACAGACCUACUCUUUUCAAUAGAGACGGAUGUACAGAUGUGGAGAAGCCAUUCUACCAAGACUGUAAUGGACUUUGUCAAUAGCAGUGAUAAUGUCAUCUUUGUACAUAACACAAUUCAUCUCAUCUCUCAAGUGAUGGAUAGCAUGAUUAUGGCUUGUGGUGGAAUAUUACCUUUGCUUUCUGCUGCUACAUCUGCUACACAUGAAUUGGAAAAUAUUGAACCGACUCAAGGACUGUCAAUAGAAGCUUCUGUAGCAUUCCUCCAAAGAUUAAUUAGUCUUGUGGAUGUAUUAAUAUUUGCAAGUUCCCUUGGAUUUACGGAAAUUGAGUCGGAGAAAAAUAUGUCAUCUGGUGGAAUUUUACGACAGUGUCUUCGACUUGUGUGUGCCGUGGCAGUCAGAAAUUGUUUGGAAUGUCAGCAGCAACAUGUACUAAUGAAGCCUAGUGGAGAAAAUGUUAAGUGUCAGAAAUCAGUACAAAGCCUGAUAGCAGCAGGAAGGUCUGGAGCAAAGAGCCCAGUUUAUGUUGUGACUGGAGUGAUUUCUCCAAUAAGAGAUAUUGACAGACUUCUACAGGAUUUGGAUAUUAACCGGCUCCGAGCAGUGGUAUUCAGAGAUAUAGAGGAUAGCAAACAGGCACAGUUCUUGGCUUUGGCAGUAGUUUAUUUUAUCUCUGUCCUCAUGGUAUCAAAAUAUAGAGAUAUCUUGGAACCUCAAGAUGAACAUAGGCGGCCUCAGUCUGUUGAGUUGCCCAAGCCUGCAACAACAGAUAUAGAAAGACCACCUGCAGCCAUUACCACUUUAUCUGGUGAGGAGUCAGAAAGUGUUGUGUCUGUGCAAAGAAGAGAUUCGGGUAUUGAGGAGGAAGCACAUUCUGGAUUAGAGCACAAUUCUGAGCCUGCUAUAGAAGCAGAAGUGCAGAGUGUCACUGAAGGCCCAGAUGUAGUCAGUGAAGUACUGUGUACACUUUCUUCAGAAGUCAGUAAAUCUCAAGAAAGCAGAAAUGAGGUGCAGAGUGAUGUGGACAGUAAAACUGCUUCUGUUCAAACUGCGAAAAAUGUCAAUGUAAAAGAUAUCCUAAGAAGUUUGGUCAGUGCCCCUGCAGAUGGGGCCACAGUAGACACUGCAGUUCUUCCACCAGCUUUUCUUGGAGGCCUUGGGGAUAGUGCUGCUGAACAGCCUGUGCAAUUUCGGUCCUUUGACAGGAGUGUUGUUGUGGCACCGAAGAAGUCAGUGGCUUUGUCUACAGCUACUAUUAAUUUGCCCACAAAUGCUGUCAGUGUGGUUUCUUCUUUGGAUUCUGCCCAACCACCAGAUGUAAUGGGAGGAUCUCCUGGCAAUGGAUCGUCAAAUUCAAGAUUACCAUCUGUUCCUACAGUUUCUUCUGUGCCUGAGGAUUCUGCUUCAAACAUGAGUAUUACAGAAAGGCUUGAGCAUGCCUUGGAAAAGGCUGCCCCUCUUCUGAGGGAGAUAUUUGUGGAUUUUGCUCCUUUCCUUUCACGUACUCUUUUGGGUAGCCAUGGGCAAGAGCUACUGAUAGAAGGUACAAGUCUUGUGUGCAUGAAAUCUAGUAGCUCAGUUGUGGAGUUGGUCAUGCUGCUUUGUUCUCAGGAGUGGCAGAACUCAAUACAGAAGAAUGCAGGCCUAGCUUUCAUUGAGCUUGUCAAUGAAGGAAGGUUGUUGAGUCAAACAAUGAAGGAUCAUCUAGUGAGAGUAGCAAAUGAAGCAGAAUUUAUCUUGAGCAGGCAGAGAGCUGAAGAUAUUCACAGGCAUGCUGAAUUUGAGUCAUUGUGCGCCCAGUAUUCUGCAGAUAAACGAGAGGAUGAGAAGAUGUGUGACCAUUUGAUAAGGGCAGCCAAGUAUCGAGAUCACGUGACAGCAACUCAGCUAAUACAGAAAAUCAUCAACAUUCUGAUGGAUAAGCAUGGAGCCUGGGGAAAUUCUGUAUCAAGUCGUCCUCGUGAGUUCUGGCGCCUUGACUACUGGGAAGAUGACUUGCGGCGCCGGCGACGAUUUGUGCAUAACCCCCUCGGAUCAACACAUCCUGAAGCAACUUUAAAAGCAGCCAUAGACCAUGCUCCAGAUGAAGAUGUACUUGUUAAAGGAAAGCAGUCCAUCAAGAGUCAGGCUUUAGGAAAUCAGAACUCUGAGAGCGAGAUUCUCCUGGAAGGCGACGAUGAUACCUUGUCAUCCAUUGAGGAGAAGGAACUGGAGAACUUAACUGGUCCUGUUAGUCUGUCUACACCAGCUCAGCUUGUGGCCCCCUGUGUAGUAGUGAAAGGCACACUUUCUAUCACCUCCUCUGAACUGUAUUUUGAGGUAGAUGAAGAAGAGCCCAGUUUUAAGAAAAUUGACCCCAAGAUACUUGCUUAUACAGAGGGGCUGCAUGGAAAAUGGCUGUUCUCGGAGAUUCGAUCAGUCUUUUCUCGACGAUAUCUCUUGCAAAACACAGCACUGGAAAUCUUUAUGGCAAACAGAGUUGCUGUCAUGUUCAACUUCCCAGAUCCUGCAACAGUAAAAAAAGUGGUUAAUUGUCUACCUCGUGUUGGAAUUGGUACUAGUUUUGGACUGCCCCAAACUAGGCGCAUAUCUAUGGCCAGUCCACGUCAGAUCUUUAAAGCAUCAAAUAUGACCCAGCGAUGGCAGCACAGAGAAAUUUCAAAUUUUGAAUAUCUCACCUUUCUCAACACAAUAGCAGGGCGUACUUACAAUGACUUAAACCAGUAUCCUGUAUUUCCUUGGGUUAUCACUAACUAUGAAUCAGAAGAGCUGGACCUUACACUUCCAAGUAACUUCAGAGAUUUAUCAAAGCCUAUUGGUGCUCUUAAUCCAAAAAGAGCUGCAUUCUUUGCAGACCGCUAUGAAACAUGGGAAGAUGAUCAAGUUCCAAAGUUUCAUUAUGGCACUCACUAUUCAACAGCUAGUUUUACACUAACUUGGCUAUUAAGAAUUGAACCUUUUACAACAUUUUUCCUAAACUUACAAGGGGGCAAAUUUGAUCAUGCAGAUAGAACUUUUUCAUCAAUUUCAAGGGCAUGGCGCAAUAGUCAACGUGACACCUCUGAUAUCAAGGAGCUUGUUCCUGAAUUUUAUUAUCUCCCUGAGAUGUUUGUCAAUUUCAAUAAUUACAAUCUUGGAGUAAUGGAUGAUGGGACAGUAGUGUCUGAUGUUGAACUUCCACCAUGGGCCAAAACCCCAGAAGAAUUUGUUCGCAUAAACAGAUUGGCCUUGGAGAGUGAAUUUGUUUCCUGCCAGCUCCACCAGUGGAUUGAUCUGAUUUUUGGCUACAAACAGCAAGGGCCUGAGGCUGUCAGAUCUCUAAAUGUCUUCUACUAUUUGACCUAUGAAGGAGCUGUCAAUCUUAAUUCAAUAACUGACCCAGUAUUGAGAGAGGCUGUUGAAGCUCAAAUCCGAAGUUUUGGACAGACUCCUUCCCAACUACUCAUAGAGCCACAUCCUCCAAGAAGCUCUGCCAUGCAGGUGUAUCUCCUCCUGCAGAGUCCAUUGAUGUUCACAGACCAAGCUCAGCAAGAUGUCAUCAUGGUCCUAAAAUUUCCAUCCAACUCCCCUGUUACACAUGUGGCAGCCAACAACCAGCCUGGUUUGGCAAAUCCUGCUGUGAUUACUGUCACUGCUAAUCGACUGUUUGCUGUGAAUAAGUGGCACAACCUUCCUGCUCAUCAAAGUGCCGUACAGGACCAGCCAUACCAGCUGCCAGUGGAAAUCGAUCCUCUCAUAGCCAGCAAUACCAAUAUGCACAAGAGGCAAAUUACUGAUCUCCUAGAUCAAAGUAUUCAGGUUCAUUCCCAGUGUUUUGUCAUCACUUCUGAUAAUCGCUAUAUCCUGGUCUGUGGUUUUUGGGACAAAGGUUUCCGGGUAUACUCUACUGAUUCAGGGAAACUGAUACAAGUAGUGUUUGGACACUGGGAUGUUGUCACCUGUCUUGCUCGCUCCGAAUCUUACAUUGGAGGAAACUGUUAUAUUCUCUCAGGGUCUCGUGAUGCAACACUGCUGCUAUGGUACUGGAAUGGCAAAACCAAUUCCAUUGGUGAUAACUCAAGUGGUGAAUCUGCCACGCCUCGAGCUAUCUUGACAGGACAUGACUAUGAGAUUACCUGUGCUUCAAUUUGUGCUGAACUUGGCCUGGUAAUAAGUGGUUCUAAAGAAGGACCAUGUCUCAUACAUUCUAUGAAUGGAGAUCUACUGAGGACAUUAGAAGCACCUGAGAACUGUUUGAAAGCAAAACUUAUCCAGGCAUCAAGAGAGGGCCACUGUGUCAUAUACUAUGACAAUGGUCAUUUCUGUGUAUUCAGUGUGAAUGGGAAACUACAAGCCACUAUGGAAACCGAUGACAAUAUAAGGGCAAUUCAACUAAGCCGGGAUGGACAGUACCUCCUUACAGGAGGGGACAAUGGAGUUGUUAUGGUGUGGCAAGUGUAUGAUCUCAAGCAACUUUUUGCCUAUCCUGGUUGUGAUGCUGGAAUCCGAUCCAUGGCUCUUUCAUUUGACCAAAGGUGUAUAAUGACAGGCAUGGCUUCUGGCAGCAUAGUGCUUUUCUACAAUGAUUUCAACAGGUGGCAUCAUGAAUACCAAACUAGAUACUGAUGUUGGACCUAGCUGAGUGACACAGAUGGGACUACUGCUAAAUGGGGACCUGAAGCAUAGCAGACUCCCUUCUGUAUCUUGCCAGAGCCUCAUUUCUUAUAGAUAAUUAAUAUAACAUCUGAAUGUAACUUAAAUUUGCUGGGAGAUGCUAUUUUUUAAAGUUAAUUGCUAUUUUUGUAGACUUUGCUUGACUUUUUUGUGGGGAAGGGGAAAGAAGCAGAAAAUGGCUGCUGGGGUUCUGUAGCUUAAAAAGGAAAUCUAUAUUUUUAGUCAUAGUAAGUCUAUUUUGAUUCAUGUAUGGAGAGAGAUCUAAUGAAGAUGGCUAACAUUCUUGUACUACCUAUAUUAUGAAACAUGUUUCUCAUGUAAAUCUUUAUAAUCUUGAGGAAUAUUUGAUUAACUAUGGAAGCUGAUUAUAAUACUGGAAAUUGGUUAUAAUACUGGUAUUUUAAACUGGGCUUACCCAUACCACAUUUUGUCUCUUGUACUUUUCCAGUGAUUCUACUAUUUGUAGCACUGGAUUUUCUGGGAACUGAGAAUAUUUAAAUUAUGAUAAAUGUAAUUUUGUUUCCAUCAAUAUAAUGAUCAAGCAUGCUUCGAAGUCUAGACAAUUAGUUUUUAGAUCUUUUUUUAGUGUGCAGUUGAAGAAGAAAUUGGCAACAGAGUUGAUAAAUCAAGUGCUAGUGUUUACCUUUCCUUUCUCUUCCUAGUGCAUUUCCAAAAUGUGCAUUGUUCCUCAAAACCAAGCUUGUUUUUGAGGAUUUGGGAUGUAUCUUUCCAUUAUCAACUUAUCAUACCUUUUUUCAAUCAUGUGCAGAUUCAAAGUACACUUCUAAUUGCCUAAGCACCACAAGGCUGGAACCAGAUGAUAAUUCCAACUCUGCCUGUAUCAUGGCUUGUGAGAGCUGUGUGGCACAAGCCAUACCCAAAACCAUUCAUGAAAAUGAGGCAUGUUUUCAUCAGUCCUUGUCCAAUCAUGUUGACAAUGCAAAAUACCCCUUCCACCUGUUAGGAAAUUAAAUAAAACUUUAUACUAGGGAGCAAUGUUAUUUUGGUGUUGCAUAAAUUCUACUUUUUCUACAAGAUUGCUGUGCAAAAUUCUGUGAAAAUAUUUGUGAAAGGGAUUGUAUUGUUUUGUAGGUCUGUACUGCAUAAAUAACUACUUUGUAUGGUGUGCUUUAUUAAGAUUUGAAACUUACAUUCCAUAUCUACAUUGGUAUAUACUUUUGUUCAACUACUUACUUGAAGCAAUUCCCUGUUGUUUUUUCUAGCAUUCAACUACUCUCUUUAAGUAAAGAUCUGAAAGGGGAAACCUCAGUUUGAAAAAAAAUAAAAAGGCAUUUGUAAUUUAA